AUUCAAACUGCUUCUACAAACAUUUGUGAAAGACUGUGCAAUAAGUUCAUCCAUAAAAUUUCCUUGCUACUAAAUAUUCCAGAGACAACUGUUAGUGGUAUUAUAACAAAGUGGAAGCAACUGGGAACAACAGCAACUCAGCCACUAAGUGGUAGGCCACAUAAAAUGACAGAGUGGGGUCGUUGCUUGCUGAAGUACACAGUGCACAGAAGUCGCCAACUGUCUGCAGAGUCAAUAGUUAAAGACCUCCAAACUUCAUGUGGCCUUCAGAUUAUCACAACAACAGUGCAUAGAGAGCUUCAUGGAAUAGGUUUCCAUGGUCGAGCAGCUGCAUCCAAG